AACCGUUUUUCAAAAACAUGGGCGGAGACAAUUCGUUCAAGUUUUUGGUGGCUAUUUGGCUAAUGCUAAGACAUCGAUUUAUAAGGAAUUAAUAGAUGAAUUCAAAUGAGACCGUUUUUUAAAAAGUUAUGAAAACAACAAACACCAAGCUAUUGUACAAUUUAUGCACAUGGCCAAGGUGGUUGAAUGGUUGGCUUUACUUUUAAGAGACUGCAGCGACGUUAUAUCUCUCGGCUAGCGACCUGUUGAUUAGCAACCAUCGUUGUUUACAUUUAGCCUACUAACAGGCUACCAAUUCGUUGACAUGUAUCGUUUAUUCAUAAAUGUGUCCAACAAAUAACAGUAAAUCCGAUCGUUUACCACCGUAAAAGUCGUUGUUCACAUAUCUGGUUGCAUUGAACCAAUUAUGGUGCAGAAUGUUAAUGACGAAGAUUGAGCAGACUGAACUCUUUUGAUGAAUCUUGCCGAGACUUGAAGGGCAGCAACUGGUCCGCUUCGUGCCGUCCACGAGAUGGAGUCUGUUUCUGUGAAGCGAAAAAUGGGAUACGCACGCCAAGAGAAUGCCCGUCUUGCCAUGCAGGAUGUUCAACUCAUCACUGACCUGGAUGCUACACCGUAUGAACUCCUAUCCUCCAGCUCUCGGGACCACCUGCGAUGCUCAAAUGGGUGGUCUGUUAACAACGUAUCGGUCAUGAUGAAUGAGCAAAUGUUGCAUCUUGAAACAGCGGUCGAGACCAAAGCCAAAGCACUAAAGGCGGCAGAGCUGAGGGCCGAGCGUUGUCAGGAGGAAGCAGCACACAGUGACAUCAUGAUAACAACUCUGACGGAGAAACUAAGCGCUCUGAGAGAAGAGCUGGCAACCAAGACGGCUCUGACCAAAAGGGCGGAACAACAAAGAAACCAAGCCCUCGAAAAUGCAGAGAAGCUCAAAGAAGCUUUCAAAGAAUACAAGGCCACCACUGCCAGUAAACUUCAAAAGGGGACCGAGAAUGAAAUCAAAUUAAAAGACAGUCUGAUCGAGCGCAAUCGUGAAAAAGAAGAGUUGGAACAAAAGUGCAUGGCGCUGGAGAGAGAAAAAGGCGAUCAAAGUCAUACAAUCAGCCAGCUAAAGGAGGACGCGAGGCGGGCAAAGGCUUCCGCCGCUGAGUAUUCGGACCUCCAGGCCCAGCUGGAGGAUGCCGAGCGGCGGAGCUCAGACCUCCGCAGGCAGCUGACGGAGCGCAGCGCUGAGUGCAGGGAGCUGGGUUCUCUGCGCGAGGAAGUGGAAGACCUGCGCGUCGUGACGAAGAACCAGGAGCUGUGCCUGGCCCAGAGCCGCAGAGCAACCCAGCAGAGCCAAGCAGAGGCCACCAGCCUGGAGGCCAUUUUAUCUCUGCUGCAUCUCAGAGAGGAUGCUCUUGGACCAUUGUGUGCCAGGCCCUGCAUUUUGCCCCCACUGGACUAUUCAACAACUGCACAAACGCUGAACCUGAAACCCGGUGAAGGCUACCAGCAUCUGUUACAAGUUCUUCAGGUGAAGGAGGCCGAGCGGAUGAAACAACGCAGCCUGGUCGAGAGGCUUCAGGACCGCCUCAGCCGAGUCCAGGAGGAGAUUUUGUCCCUGCAGAACUCCUUGGCCCAAAGUGCUUCUCACUGCCAGAACCUCCAGAGGGAUCUGAUGGACAAAGCCAACCAAGCCGCGGCCUCAGAGAAAGAGCUGAAGAGGAAGAGUGCUCGAGUUGCGGCGCUGGAAAAACAGUUAGAGCAGAAAACGUCCGCCUACGCUCAGGCUGCGUUGAAGAAUACAGAACUGGAUAACCAGCUUCAGGAGAAGACCAGCGCUCUUCAACACUACCAAACUCUGAUGAGCAAAAAGCAGAGAGAGUACCAACAAUCUUUGGAGAAGACUAAACAAUCACAUAGUCAGCAAUGCACCGAGCAGAAGCACAGAAUUGACGUGCUGCAGCUGUCCGUGGACGAAGCUCAUUCUCGGCUGUUCGAGGCGAAACAGGAGCUGACUUCUCUCCAGAAAGAACGCGAUGGGGCGCAAGCUUCCGUUGAAGAGCUGACGCAGGAGAAGCAAAUUGAAGCGAGACACAACGAGGAGCUGCUCCAGAGUUUAAAGGAGCAGGCAGCUGAGUCUGCCACCAAGAUAAGUGCGCUCCAGUUGUCCCUGUCAGGCUGCCGAGAGGAGCUGACGCGGCAUCUUCAGCAGAUGGAGGAGAUGCGCAAGAGCUACGAGUCUGAGUUGCAGAGAUCCAAAGACCAGGUGCGUUCGCAGCAGGAAAAACUUCACGACGCUACUCAAGUGGCUCAGACUUCCAGUGAGCAAAACCUGCAGCUUCAGCUUUCUCUGCAACAGCAGCAGACGAUGCUGACUGAGAGCACGGCCCGCAUCGCCGAACUGGAGGAGAGCCAGAGUCAGCUGCAGCAACAGGUGUCCACUUUGGAACAUCAGCUGGAGCGAGCUCGUGCCGCUCUGCAGGACGAAGUGAGGACCAGGUGGGAAGAUGACGUGGAGAAAAACAAAGACCUGCAUGACGUGAAGGAAAAGAACACGAAGCUGGCGGAGACGCUCAACCAAGUGACCACGGAUGUGAAAAACUACCAAGUGGAGCUCAAGUCGAAGGAGUCGGAGUUGCAGAGUCUGCGGAAGGACGUCGCCGUCAAGACGACUCAGAUCAGCGUCAUGGACAAGAACCUGCGGCAAACGAGGAGCCUGCUUGAAAACAAGAAUGACUUGGUGGUGGACCUGGAGGAGAAGCUCCAUCGCUGCGAGGCAGACAAACACAACUGCGUCCAGAAGGUUCAGCAUCUCGAGGGCCAGCUGCACGCGGUGCGGGAGGAGCUGGCCGAGACUCUGGCGCAGCUGCGCUUGCUUCAAGACGUCCUGCAGAGGACCCAAACGGUUGCCGAAGAGCGGCAAGUGGAGGUGGAAAAACUGAGCAUACGUCUUAGUGAGACCCAGAGGGAGUUAGAAGAGAGGACUCAUGAGGUUUUAGACAUGGACUGUGCACUAAAGGAAAGACAGGGGGAGCUCCAGCAAAGAGCAACUCUGCUGGGUCAGCUGGAUGUGGCCAUCCGGGAGCACAAGCAGGAGAUGGAGAUCAAGGUGAAGGCACUGCAGCAAAGUCUGGAGGCCAGAGAGGAAGAGCAAAGAGAUGUUCAGAGGGAGCUCGGGGAAACUAAGGAAUCCCAUCAGCAGCAACUGGAGACGUUACUGCGGGAACUUGAAAAAGCUCAGCGUCACGCCAAAGCUCUCACGACACAACUGGACUCCAUCAAGCUGCAAGAGAACGAGUUGGAUGGGAGGCUGCGGCAUGCAGAGGAGGAGCUGGCUUUGAAGGAGAUGCGCUGGCGGCAAUCGGAGGCCAAAUUGCAGAAUGCGGUCGCUUCUUUGGAGCAGGAGCUGGAUCGGGAGCGGAAUCAACACGACAAGGAGCUGGAGUCCCUGCAACAGACCCGAGGUCAACUCCUCAAAGCGUCCUCGCACAUGUCAUCCUCGCAGGAGAAGCUCACCUCGAAGCUCCGGCAGCAGGAGAUCCAGCUGGACCAGGCCAAAAGCCAGCUGGAGCAGACUAAGAUGGAGUUGGACCGCGCCAAGGCCCAAGCCGCUCAUCUCCAAACUCAGUUAGAGCAGAGUCAGAGCGCGCAACGCCGUAGCAACGACCUGUCCCUCGAUCUCCCCCCGAGCCUCAAGGCUACUCUGAAGGAAGCGCUGAGUCAGCAGCCGUGGGAGUCGUCCGACUCGGGCUCGGUGGACCGCAGCUGGCAGGCGCUCAGCAGCACCGAGCCGCCAUCGAGCUGUGACCUCUCCUUUGACCCCUUCGCCUACAUGCAGGGAGACACCAGCGCCAGUUCAGAGUGGACCAUCACGGAGGAGGGAGACGACGAGCGGGUCGGGGCGGACACCCCGGAUGAGCACAUGAGCUCGUUGAAGGGAAUGUUGCGAUUCGUCAAUCAGACUUUAGCCAAUCAGGAGGAUCCGUCCGUCCUUUCGGAGCUACCCGGGGUCGUUGCGGAGUGAACGUAGCCUCCAGACUAGCCUGACACGAUAAGAUUGUAAUCCAUUGUGGCCGAGGAUGUGCACCAUCAGCUAUCUCCGGCCUGCCAGUGGGGCCUGCUGUCACUUCCUGUUCAAUGAGAGCAUUUGCCACGCUGCCACUUUAGCGCCAGUUAGGCAUUCUGACAUCAACAAAUAACCUCAGUACAUGUUCAAAUGCCUUUUUUUGUGUGAAAAAAAGAGCUACCAAGACUCACCAUCAUUUUAAAAUCUCUAUUAAUGUGACCUGUUGUGAGUAAAACUCUUUUUUUUUGGGGGGGCGGUUAUUUUUGUUUUCCAGCUGCAGCCUGUUGGUUUUGUGCACACACCCACAUGAAUUUGGGCUUCUUUUAUUGUUCCUCCCUAUAUGGCUUUGUUUCUGUCCAAUGUAAACACACCGCUUGUGUCAACAAUGUAUACGAACCCCACACACGGGUCUCAAUGAGCAUUUGUGUGCUCAAAGCUGAGCCUGAGUGCCGAACUGGACAAUAAACGUUUAGACCGGCAUCAGUGGCUUUUGCUUUCCAUUUGGCAUUUUGCUGGCUCUGGCUCAUUUCAGCAAGACAAGAAUUAGGUUGUCGCAAGUUAUCUAAUGCUUGGCCUAGGGAUAUUUUGGCAAACGCCUUGGAACUGUUUUGAAUUGCAGAUAAGACAGUUUUGCUUCAUGCUAACAUACUGCAAAACGCCAUAGAUGGGCUAACACAUAGCAUCUACAAUAUGCUAUUUACAUGUUAUAACUUGUUACGCAAAAGAUAUUUGAACUCUAAUGGUGGAAACCCAUGUAGACAGAUAAUAAAACAACACUCCUGAUCAACUGCAAAGAAUCACUAAUAUUACUGCAGCUUCUUGGCUAGUUUUUUUUUUUUUUUUUUUUUUACCGGGUUCAUGUGCUUCCAAAUGUCUCUAUUAUAAUAUGCUGCCCCUAGGUAGCAAAGUCAAAGUGAAGUAACAAGUGGCAAAAAUAUUCUGUUCAAUACUGUCAUUACUGUAUAUUUUUAUAUAGUACAAAAUACUAUUAUAUGAUUGUAUUUAAUAAUUAUUUUUGGGAACUAUUUCAGUGAAGUUAGAUACGUGGGACACACUGGUUGGAAGUCCAAGUUUAGGGGAUACAAUUAAGUGUGGUCCAUAAAGUGGAAAGCGAACAGUGUUUUAUUAGAAUUACUUUUGUAAAGAUAAUAAAGUAUUGUCGCGCAUAUUGCUACCUUAAGGCACUCACACGACCUCUUUGAGCUCAGAGGCAAAUAGCCGCCGUGCUAACCUUGCUACUCUGUGUUUAAAGUGAACUUUGUACCCUCCCUGUUUGAACACAUUUUAUAUCCGGGAAAAAGAGCAGGAAGUUGCCAUCAUUCGCUUUAUUAAACGCAGGCCUCGUGUGUGUUUCAAUAAAACAGCAUCUGG